UGCACACUUGUGAAGUAAAAUCUUAAUUCAUUUCUGUGGCAUAUUUUGGGUUAAAGAUGGCUGUAGAAUCGAGAGUUACACAAGAAAUCAAGAAAGAGCCAGAGAAACCAGUCGACAGAGAAAAGACAUGUCCGCUCCUGCUGAGAGUGUUCACUACAAACAACGGCAGGCACCACCGAAUGGACGAAUUCGCCAGGGGCAACGUACCAUCGAGUGAGCUGCAGAUCUACACGUGGAUGGACGCAACUUUGAAAGAACUGACAAGUCUUGUUAAGGAAGUAUAUCCAGAGGCUCGGAAGAAAGGCACACAUUUUGCUUUUGCCAUAGUAUAUCCGGAUCCCCAACGACCUGGCUACAGGGUUAAAGACAUUGGAAACACGGUCUCAGGACGAAAGGGCGCAGACGACUCCAUGACUCUUCAGUCUCAGUGCUUUCAGAUUGGGGAUUACCUUGAUAUUGCCAUCACUCCACCUAACCGUGCACCUCCUCUCCAAGGUCGCAUGAGACCCUAUUAACAAUUUCCGAUAGCAUCCUCUCUCCCAGAGUAAGAGGACCGCGGAUGGGGAUGCGGGACAGCGUUGAUUUGUUUGAUCUUUUUUUUUUUUUUUAAAUUCUGCGA